AGGAAGAGGAGGUUUAUUUUCGUUACUAUCACAUGUUCGACGAGGGUGAGCUGGAACUAGUGUGCAGCCGCGUGACCGACGUACACAUUCAAAGGAGCUUCUACGACCAAGGCAAUUGGUGCGUCGUGCUGAAAAAAGGUGCCUACUAGCGGUGAGAAGAAGGAGGCCGCCGAAGAUAAUGGAGGGGGAAAUUAUAAAGCAAGAUGAGGUACAGACGAACGAAGCAGUGGCCUACGAGUUUGUAUCUCGGCAGGUAGACGAAGACGAAGUGGACGCGACUUCGGCAGCAAUGCCUCUUUUCAGCUCUUUUUUUGGAGUGCCGCGCUUCAAAGUGCACGUCACCACUGGAGACAAAGCUAACGCAGGGACGGAUUCAACAGUAUUGCUCAGAUUGGUAGAUUCAGUUGGUGCUAAAACCGAAUGGACGAGAUUAGACAAAUUCUUCACCAAUGAUCACGAGAGAGGGGAAACGCAUACCUAUACAUUGCCGGCACAACAAUUGGAGCGUCCGGACGACAUCGCGUUUGUCCAAGUGCGACGAAAGUCCACACUCAUUGACGAUCACUGGUUCCUUGAUAGAAUUGAGCUGGAAGAUACAACCGAGAAAUUCAGUUAUGUGUACCCUGUGCAACGGUGGAUCAAGAAAGGAGUCGACUACAGUCUUUACCAGUACGAUGCGUUCUUGCCAUUCCAAGAUCCUAAAGAGGAACUCAGAAAAACUGAGCUUGAAGAGAAAAGGCAGUUGUACCAGUUUAAAGAAACCAUUCCAAAUGGACCCAGACAGGUUAAGGAUUUGCCGAGUGACGAGGAAUUCUCAUCAGAUGCAAAGGCUGACAUUGUUAUUGAAAAAGGAAAACUGCUGAUUCGAAAGCUGUUUUUGGAAUUCACUACACAGAAAUGGAAGUCGUUCAACGACAUUCAAAAUAUUUACUUCCCAAACCAAUCAUUACCAAAACCAGCCUGCAUAGAGUACUGGAAAGAUGAUAAAUGGUUUGGCCUGCAAAGAGUACAGGGUGUCGACCCCGUCCUUAUUACAUUGUGCAAAUCUAUUCCAGAAAAGUUGGCAGUGUCUCCUGAUAUGGUAGAGCCUUUUUUGGAAAGCCUGAGCCUGCAGGAUGCUUUGGACAACAACAAAAUUUUCAUGAUCGAUUUGGAGAUCCUGGACGGAAUUACUUGCAAAGUAGACAAGUUGGUCUCGCCCAUUGCUCUUUUCUACUUGGACAAGUCUGACGAGUUGCUUCCGAUCGCCAUCCAGCUAUUCCAAGAGCCGUCGGAUAAAAACCCUGUUUAUUUGCCCAGCGACCCAGCCAAUUGUUGGCUCUUGGCAAAGAUGUUCUACAACAUGGCAGAAGCGCAACACCACCAGGCUUUCACGCAUUUGGGAAUGACCCACUUGCUAAUGGAAAGUAUAAGUGUAGCAGCACAUAGGAACCUUUCCCCGUCACAUCCCAUUUUUAGACUGCUUGCACCGCACUUCCUGUACCUUCUUGCUAUCAACGCGCGUGGUUUGGAGAAGUUAAUUUCUAAAGGAGGAUGGAUCGACUUAGGCAUGACUGUUGGCCGCGAUGGAAUGUUUGAACUUAUUGCCAAGGGAUUCCAAAAUUGGAACUUGCAACAGUAUGGGGACGUUGAGAAUGAGAUUCGUUUGAGAGGAGUCCUCGAUCCGGAGAUUCUUCCUUACUAUCCAUACCGCGACGAUGGAUUGCCUCUUUUUGAAAUCAUAAAGAAAUAUGUCACCAACAUAGUCAACUACUAUUAUGAUAGUGAUGAAAAACUUGAGAGAGAUUACGAAGUGCAAAAUUGGUGCAAGGAAAUGGCAACUCCUCUAUCGGAAGAUGGCCUAGGUAUAGGAGGAAUGCCAGACAAGUUUGAAUCUGCAGACCAACUUGCGGCCGUGUGUACUGCUGUGAUCACGGCUUGCAGCAUGGGGCAUGCUGGGUCAUUCCAGCAGUACGAGACUUACGGAUUUGUGCCAAAUUAUCCGGGAAUCCUCCUUAAACCUCCACCUGAAUCAAAGAUGGAUCUGGAUGAUGAUGACUUGUUGGAGUACUUGCCAGACAAAGAAACCACCUUAUACAUAAUGGUCAUCACAAGUCUGCUGAGCAGAAAAGGCACGCAGAGUUUGGGUGACUUUGAAGUCCAGUACCUGCACGAACCUCCAGCCGUUCACAUUGCUGACGAAUUCCGCCUGGAAUUGAGCAAAUUGUCACUUCAAAUGAAACAGCGAAAUCGGGAACGGAAAUUCAAGCAUGAGUGGCUUGAUCCAGAUAUUGUUCCUAACUCUAUCAGUAUUUAAAAUCAGAUGUGCAGAUUGCGUGGCAGUUAAUUUAUUUCCAAAGCGUAAAUGUUAAGUGGGAGGACAAAGUAUCUAAUUACUUUUUUUAUUUUUUAUUUUGUACCUAAAUUCUAUGACUAAUUACAUUUGAAUUUUUGGGUGCUGUUCGCUUGGUAACUACAAAUAAAUAGGGAUUAAGUAUAAAUAUGUUUAGAUAAGACUGAAUAAAGGGAAUAAUGCACUUGGUGCCAAAAAGAUCUUCUUUCUGUUGAAAACAUUUCAAUUUAGAAUUAAACGGAAGUAAAUGCUUUAAAAAAAUAAUUGUCUGGAAAUGCGUAUCAGGUGGAUAAAUUUAGAGGAGUUGAUGUUAUCUUAAUUUCAACGUCACGCAAGGCCGUGGAAGCUGAGCGCAAAUUAUCAAGAUGGAAUAAACAGCGUCUGCGUUCAGAUUUAAUUUUUCUUUAUUUUCUGCACAUCGCUUUUAAAAUUUUUUUGGUUGCUGCUCUUGUUCUUCCUGGCCAAGACUUUCAUUUGAUUCAAUACUUGCGCCUGGAGUGACUUGGUCAGCCGUGGCCGGUGUCAUUGUUUCGUUUUCGUUUGCCCUGGAAAUGGCCUGACUCACUGUGAAGAGGCCGACUGGAACGUGACUUGCCCAGUCCGCAGCUUGGCGAGGCGGUGUCGGUUUCCUUUCGAUCGCCGCGUCAAUCACUGCGCUUGGUGCAUAAGCAUGCUCAUUGAAAUUAUUUUCAGAGUCUUCGUCCCUCAAAGUAGGCGUCAUCACGCCAACCUUCAAAAUUUAAUUUAAUAAACUGAUAAAAGAAAAAGUUGAAAAUCCUCCUUACUUGCGACGUGCGUACAUGGUACGGGAAAUUUGCGUUGGCCCGAGAUGGUCUUGUCAGCACCUGAUUUUGAUUAAACGUAAAAUUCUAUAAAAAUUUAGAGUAAUUUCUCAUUACGCAAAAUGCUAUGUGUCCUGCCAGAGCUAUUGUGUGUGAGGCAGCGCACCACACAGUUUCCCUAACCCACUUGUCUAUCCACAAACUUGAAGCCAAAACUAAAAGCGGCCCAGAAAUGAACCUGGAUAUUAAUAGUUAGAUGAUAUAAUUUUUUCUUAAUUAUUUAAUUUUACGGACCAUAACGCAGCAAGAGUAGCGAAGCGUUUGUAAAAUUGUUCCUUCGAGCCGGCGCCGCUUGCCAGCGUCUGAGCCGUGGAAAGGAGCGCCCUGGCCCAAGCGAUCAACCUCAGGCCCGCUA